AUUCGGUGUAAUUAGAAAACACAAAUCCUCCAAUAAAUGCGCUGCUCUUCUGAUGAUCAAUUAGAGAGGCUCUAAUUGCAUCACUCAUUUCCAUUCUCUCACUCUCUUCUCUGUAUAGAUCUUCUUUCUUUUUGAUUCGUUUUAAUGAAACCCAUUACACAAUUUGUUUCAUUUCUCAAUUUUUAAUAUAUAUGUACAUAUAUAUAUGUAUAUAUAUGUUUUUUCUUCUUCUUUUUUUCUCCCGAUUCGGAGUGUGUGAUUUUUGAGAGGAGACAAUUGAGUUCUGGUUUGAUUUGUGAAGAAAUAGAUAGCUUUAAAUUGAUUUGAUUGCAAUUUGUGUUUAAUUUAGAGAGAGAAAGAGAGAGGUGAUAGAAGGUUUUCGUUUCGUGAUCAGUUAGAAAUUGAAUUGAGAGAAUUUUUAUUGAUUGUUUAGAUUGUAUAGAUUUUGAUUUGGGUUAUAUAUAUACGUAUAUAUAUAGUUAUAUACAUAUCAGAAAAUGGGGGUGGAUUAUUACAAUAUAUUGAAGGUGAACAGGAAUGCGACGGAUGAUGAUCUGAAGAAGUCUUACAGGAGAUUGGCCAUGAAAUGGCAUCCCGAUAAAAACCCAAACAACAAAAAGGAAGCUGAAGCCAAAUUCAAACAAAUCUCUGAAGCUUAUGAUGUCUUGAGCGAUCCACAAAAGAGGUCAAUUUAUGAUCAGUAUGGGGAAGAAGGUUUGAAAGACAUGCCACCACCUGGUUCUAGUGGCAGUGGUGGAUUUCCAAAUGGGUUCAAUCCUCGAGAUGCAGAGGACAUCUUUGCAGAAUUCUUUGGCAGUAGUCCUUUUGGAUUUGGGUCAGCAGGAGCUGCAAAGUCCUCGAGGUUUCAGUCAGAUGGAGGUGGGACAUUUGGGGGAUUCGGUGGGAGUGAGAACAUGUUUCGAUCAUAUAGCGAUGGAAGUGGAGCAAGCAUGCCAAAGAAGCCGCCACCAGUGGAGAGCAAAUUGCCUUGCAGCCUUGAGGAACUUUACAAUGGAUCAACAAGAAAAAUGAAGAUAUCUAGAACAGUGGCUGAUGCCAACGGACGGUUAGUACCAGAAACGGAGAUAUUAACCAUUGAUGUGAAACCUGGAUGGAAGAAGGGAACAAAGAUCACUUUUCCAGAUAAAGGGAAUGAGCAAGUGAACCAGCUUCCUGCAGACCUUGUAUUUGUGAUUGAUGAGAAGCCCCACAAUUUGUACAAGAGGGACAGCAACGACCUCAUCAUUACCCAUAGGGUGACAUUGGCGGAGGCUCUGGCAGGGACCACGGUAAAUCUUACUACACUUGAUGGACGUAAUUUGUCGAUCCCAGUAAAUGACAUUGUGAGUCCCGGUUAUGAGCUCGUGAUUGCCAGGGAAGGCAUGCCAAUCGCGAAGGAGCCUGGUAAUAGAGGUGAUUUGAGGAUCGAGUUUGAAGUUAAGUUCCCAACUAGAUUGACACAGGAGCAACGAGCAGCGCUCAGGCGUGCCUUAGGAGGGUAGUAGCUCAGCUUUUGCCAUCCAUACUGCUGAAAGAAGGAACAUCUUUUCAAUGCCAUGGGGAGCACCCAUUAGAAGAAGAGUUUGGCUUAUCAAAAGAUGAGGUGCCCAAGUCGUGGUUUGUUUUAUGUUUUACUUUCUGCUAUUACCAACAAAAUGUCUAGCAAUCCAUAUAUAUAUAUAUAUAUAUAUAUAUAUAUUUUGCCAAUCCUUCUGUUUUUUUUUUUUUUUUAGGGGUGGUGAGAAUUUUCAUUGUUUUAUGUAAUUUAUUUACUUUUUGGUAUAGAUUCAUUCAGUUAUACUGUAAGCCUCUUUGAUUCCA